AUGCCAAUUCUGAUUGUGUAUGGCGCAGAAACCUCUACCUUAGAUCAGAUUAUAAUGGCCAUUCCAGGGGCGGUGCUGAACGUCAAGUUGGAGGAGAAGCUGUUGGAAAAUAGUGAUCCUUCAGCACACAUCCUACAGCUUGCUGAACUCAGAAUUCAAAAUUUUACUUCAAUCAUAGACGACAUUAAGCGUUCUAUUCCCAAAGCAGAAUUUGACGGCUGGAGGAAAUGGGCUAUGGCGAACACAACGAUGCUUCUACAACAGGCAAUUCUUCAGCGCGGAGUAGAACAAUGUCAAUGGUAG